AUGGAUUCCGAAGCUGCUUAUCAAUUCUCUUUGAUAUUAACUGAAUACUUGUCGAAAUUAAAACAUCGACCUCGACAUCUCGUAGCUUUUGUCAAUCCUCAUUCUGGCAAAGGUGUGAGCAAAUAUAGACGAUUAUUUUUCACUUGUUCAUCACUCAAUAAUCUUAUUUUAGGUAAAGGAUCCUCUGUAUACGAGAAAAAAGUAUUACCUUUAUUUGAAGAAGCCAAUAUAAAUGUAAAAACGAUCUAUACAAAAUAUGCCAAUCAUGCGCGAGAUUAUAUUAGUGAACAAUCACUCGAUGAUUAUGAUGGUCUUGUAUCUGUCGGUGGCGAUGGGAUGUUCUCAGAAUUGUGUCAUGGUCUUCUACUCAAAACGGCAAAACAAGCUAAACUGGAUAUGAAUGAUCCAAAUGUUAAUCUAAUGCGGCCUAAUUUACGUAUAGGCGUCAUUCCAGCUGGAUCUACGGAUGCAAUUGUUUUUGGUACUACUGGUUACAAUGAUCCCAUUACAAGUGCUUUACAAAUUAUCGUCGGUGAAUCUGUUCUCAUCGACAUAGCCACAGUACACAAUGAACAUGGCUUUGUACGUUUAAUGGCAACAAUGUUUUCCUACGGCUUUUUCGGUAAUAUUAUUCAACAAUCUGAUAAUUGGCGACUUUUUGGUCCAUUACGCUAUGAUUUGGCUGGUUUUUGUCAAUUUCUUCUCAACAGUUCAUAUCAUACAGAAUUGAUUAUCACUCAACCGCCUGAGAAAUGCAAUUCAAAAAUAUUGAUAAAUAAUAUUGAUCGAUAUUUAUUUGGUAAUUCCGUAAAACGACAAGAUCCACUUUGCAAACAAGAUGGUGAAAAAUCUCCCGACAAUCAAACAAUCAAUGAUGUCCAGUCGCCUUUAUCCCGACAGAUCAAACGUGAAGGUCAAUAUAGAACAAUCAAUUGUCUCAACAUGCCUUGUCGUUGUGAAAAAAGCAAAUAUGGAAUGUCUCCAUCUGUUCACAUAGGUGAUGGAUCAUUCGAUGUUGUUCUAGUGAAAAGUUCAUGGCGUUUGGAUUUUUUUCGAUUUCUUCAUCAUGUAGCUAAGGACGGUCGAACAAUUGAUGAUUUGUCAAAUGUUGAACGUUAUCGUGCUACUGAAGUUAUUAUUCGUCCAACUAUUAAUCGACGAAAUAGGUUAGGUAAUUGGGCAUGCGAUGGAGAAUUGAUCACUGCCAAUGAAGUCAGAAUUCGUGCUCACUCUCAAGUACUCAAUCUAUUUGCAUCGGGUAUUCGUCUUGAUCAAAUCAAGAAAAUAAAUGAAGAAGUAUCCAAGUGA